UGUCCGGAUCGGCCGGGACAGGAGGACAUUUUCAUCAUCUUCAAGACUGGAGCGACCGAGCUGUACAAGAAGCUGCCCAUGCAUCUCGCCACGGCUCUCAAGUGUAUGCCCAACUAUAUCCUCGUCUCGAACAUUGAGCAAGACGUUGGCAACUACCACGUUCACAAUGUUCUAACCUCGGUCACGAAAGAAACUCAACAGGAGCAGGAGGUUUUCCGGUUUAAUGAGCACAUGGAGGCUUUGCAAGAUGCCGGGCAGGAUAUUGGCGCUCGCAAAAAGGACAUGGAGACUACUUUCGAAGCAUGUCUGACUUUCCAUUUUAGGAACCUGGACAAGUGGAAGUUCCUCCCAAUGUAUCACCGCGCGUGGGAAGUGGCUCCGGCCAAUAUCAAGUGGUUCGUGAUGAUCGAAGCAGACACAACCUUUUCAUGGCAGAAUUUUAUGCUUUGGACCGAAAAGCACGACCCGACAGAGGAACUGUACCUGGGUGGUGUUAAUGGCUACGGUGACAUCUCCUUCGCACACGGUGGAACGGGAGUGGUCAUGUCGCGUCCGGCUCUGGAAAAGCUGGAGAAACGUCGCCAGGAUGAGCCGGGUGGAGUGGAGGUGUACGACCGGCGCUGGGAAAAAAAGACAGCGGACAACUGUUGCGGCGAUGUCAUUGUGGCCGCUGCUCUUCGGGAAGUAGACAUCCUCGUGCAGGGUGCGGGACGGGAGUUUCAAGGCGGGACCAUGAACUCGAUGGACUUUCAUCCUGCGAGCGAGUGUACGCCGUCGGUCACAUUCCACCACGCCACGCCCAGGCGGGUCGAUACACUCUAUCGGUUCGAGGAAGCAUGGAUCGCAGAACAUGGCACGCGGGUGCCUUACACGUACACCGACCUGUUUUACCCUUUCAUCGAGCCGUAUGCAAAGGGCAACAGAUCGGAUUGGAACAGCUUUCCGGAGAAGAUGGAGAUGGCGCGGUCGAAAGAGGCGUGUGUCAACUUUUGUGUGCAGCGUGAAGAGUGCCUUCAGUGGACGUACUCGCCAGAAGAAGGCUGCGGGUGGGAUGAUGUGAUCCGGCUGGGAACGAUGGAUGCUAAGGACGCGAAGAUUCAUUAUACUUCUGGAUGGAUGGAUGACCGGAUUGAGGAAGCCAAGAAGAAUAGGAGGAAUUGC